AUAUGAAAACUUUUGAAAACAGAAGAAAAUCUGGACAUGAGAGAAGAGGCAUUGCAAUCACAGUCAGAUAGAGAGGAGCCUCGUGUUAUACCACCCACGUUAACCAACAAGAUUCCAUUCCGUACUCAAUCGACAACAUUGCUUAACGUUUUCACUAUCUUCAGAAAUUAUGUAUAAUACGAGGACCAAGGUGCAAAAAGAAAACAAUCUCUAGAGAUGUUUGAUUUUCAUGCUCCCUCCCAAAACCCACAACUCUUUCUUUCUAGGGUUUUGUAGAGAGAAUGGAAGAAUCAACUCUAUCAUUAGUAAGCAAUCUAGAAAUUCUAGACACACUCAGCGCUGAUUCAGUUCAAGAAAUUGUUGGCAGCUACGGCAGUUUCUGUUCCGCCACCCUAUCUCUUCUCCACGGAGGCGACGCCUCCGAUCUCUUCUCCCACGUUCAAAUCCUCUGCAAGCACGGCCUCCUUUCUCUCGUUCGCGAUUUCUUUCUCAAGUCGCUAGAGGAAGCUUUCGAGAGAAACCUAGCGUCAAAAUUUUGGCGGCAUUUUGAUUGUUAUAGCAUUGUAGGAGCUAAUUAUGAAACUGAGUUGCAGCAAGUUUUGUGCAGAGCACUUGAAGAGAUUUCGUUAGAGAAACAGUAUCAGGAGAAGUGUUUGUUACUGUUAGUUCGUGCUUUAUUACUGGAAGGAAAAACUGAUUCUGAUGUCGAAAGAGAAUAUCUUUUUUCCAAGUAUCAAUUGAUGGUUUCUUCAGUUCUAAUGGCUACUCUUCCUCGCCAUUUUCCUGAACUACUACACUGGUAUUUUAAGGGAAGGCUGGAGGAGCUGAGUACAAUAAUGGAUGGAGAGUUUAAUGUUGGUGGUGAUGACGCUUCUCAAGAUAAAGAUGACAUGGAUUUAGAUGAGAUGGGGAAAAUGUUACAUAGGAAUGGUGCGAUGGAUAUUGAUGAAAGCUGCCUACAAGGGAAAUUUACAGAGAACAACAAUUUCGUGAAGAAUAUUGGAAAAGUUGUACGUGACCUCAGAAGUCUUGGAUUCACAUCUAUGACUGAAGAUGCCUAUGCUUCUGCCAUCUUUUUGCUUCUGAAGGCUAAAGUACAUGAUCUGGCCGGUGACGAUUAUAGGGCUUCAGUUUUGGGCUCCAUUAAUGAGUGGAUCAAGGAUGUGCCUCUUCAAUUCUUGCAUGCACUCCUUGCUUAUCUUGGUGAGACUACUAGCUAUUAUAGCCCUUCACCAGGUCUCAGGUCACCUCUUGCUUCUCACCCUUCAGCUUGUUAUCCUGCAAUUAAUUCUCCCUCUGAAGGACUUGUUAGAUGGCAUUUGCGACUAGAGUAUUUUGCUUAUGAAACAUUGCAAGAUUUGAGGAUUUCCAAACUAUUUGAGAUUAUUGUUGACUAUCCUGAUAGCUCUCCUGCAAUCGAAGACUUGAAGCAGUGCCUUGACUAUACUGGACAGCAUUCUAAACUUGUGGAGUCUUUUAUUUCUGCAUUGAGAUAUCGCUUGCUCACUGCAGGUGCCUCAACCAAUGAUAUAUUGCAUCAGUAUGUUUCGACUAUUAAAGCACUGCGGACAAUUGACCCGGCUGGUGUCUUUCUUGAAGCUGUUGGUGAACCAAUAAAAGACUAUUUAAGGGGUAGAAAAGAUACAAUAAAAUGCAUUGUCACCAUGCUUACUGAUGGGACUGGUGGGAAUCCAAAUGGAUCUGGAAUUACUGGUGAUAGUCUUCUUGAAGAAUUAAAUAGGGAUGAGGAAAGUCAGGAGAAUGUUGGUGCUGAUGAUGAUUUCAACACAGAUGACAAGCAGGCAUGGGUCAAUGCUGCAAGCUGGGUGCCUGAUCCUGUCGAGGCUGAUCCAUUGAAGGGCAGCAGGAAUCAAAGGAAGGUUGACAUACUAGGGAUGAUUGUCGGCAUAAUUGGUUCAAAAGACCAACUUGUCAAUGAAUACCGUGUUAUGCUGGCUGAAAAGCUUCUCAACAAAUCUGAUUAUGAUAUUGACUCAGAAAUACGUACUUUAGAACUCCUCAAGAUACAUUUUGGAGAGAGCAGCAUGCAAAGGUGUGAAAUUAUGCUUAACGAUCUUAUUGAUUCCAAGAGGACAAACCACAAUAUUAAAGCAACAAUUAAGUCAGAUCAAACAGGUUCAGAACCAGCAGAAACAGGGGCUUCUAUGGAUAUCCUUAAUGCUACAAUCCUAUCUUCAAAUUUUUGGCCUCCAAUCCAGGAUGAGGCUCUUAAUGUACCUGAGCCUGUAAACCAGCUACUCACUGAUUAUGCAAAAAGAUUCCAUGAAAUCAAGACUCCUCGUAAGCUACUCUGGAAGAAAAAUCUUGGUACAGUCAAGUUGGAGUUGCAAUUUGAAGAUAGAACAAUGCAGUUAAGUGUGGCUCCCAUACACGCUGCAAUUAUCAUGCAAUUUCAAGACCAAACAAGUUGGACCUCAAGUAGGCUUGCUACUGUUAUUGGAGUACCUGUGGAUGUGUUGAAUCGGAGGAUAAAUUUUUGGAUAAGCAAGGGAAUUCUUACAGAAUCACUGGGCAAAGAUUUGAAUGAUCAUGUAUUUACCCUAGUGGAAGGCAUUGUCGAUGCUGGCCAAAACAGUGGCAAUACUGGUAGUUGUGAGGAGUUGUUAGGAGGUGAUGAGGAGGGAGAGAGAUCUGUAGCCUCUGUCGAGGACCAGAUACGCAAGGAAAUGACCAUCUACGAGUUGAACUCAGCUCUUAAAGAGCCUGCUGUUAAGGACAUGGUCUUUCCCCCGUGGAUUCGGGUUGGAGGUCUCAUUUCCCCUAAGAAGUUUAUAAUGGGCAUGCUCACCAAUUUCGGCAGCAUGGCAUUGGAUCGCAUUCACAAUACUCUCAAGAUGUUCUGCGUAGCUGAUCCUCCUUACGACAAGUCUCUCCAGCAAUUGCAAAGCUUUUUAUCAGGUCUAGUUUCUGAAGAGAAGUUAGAACUUAGAGAUGGGAUGUACUUCUUGAAGAAGUAAAAGCUGGCAUUCUUGUAAUUCACCCCUUGAAAUAGUAAGCAUGUACAGGAAGAUAUUGAUAUGGCUUAUCAGAGGGAGGUUUGGAACAGCAAAUGCAGCUUUAUGAAGAUGGAGAUCUCUGUAGCAGGACUGUCUCCCUUGCAAUUAUCAGCAAUCCCAACUGUCGUCUUGAAUCAUAUCCAACUCCCGUUAUGCCAAGUACUCCUGCUAUGCACGUCGGGUGAUUUCUAGGAGCUUUCCAUACAUUGAUUACAGGACAGUAAACAAAAGGAGUUGCAGUUUCCCAACAAAAUUUAUAAGGGUGUCCUUUUGUGGCUUCCUUUAUUAAUUAAAACAUUGACCCCGCGCUGUCACUGUUAAUUAAUUAAAUAUGUGUCGUAUGUGGUUGAAAACAUUGAUCGACCCAGCAGGAAGAGGUGGAUUCCGAAAGACCAUCUUAAAAUUUGAAUGGUGGAAAACGAGCAAGUAAAGUAGACAUUGAAUGAAGAUGUCUUGAUCAUGA